CAGUACAGGAAGAAAGAGAGCGAGUUGUACCCCACCAUCCGGCCACCAAUGCCGGGCUACCGCGGCGGCGGCCCGUCGCCCUCCUCCUCCUCCACCGGCGGCAGUGCAACGAGGAUGCUCCUCCUCCUCACACUGCUGCCGCUCGCGCUCGCCGCUUUCGCCUUUGCGCUCCAGUGGCGCGGUGGCCUGCGGGAACCGGCCGGCGCCGCAUGGCCCGCCGACACGCAGCGCUUCCCUGGCCUGGAGAACAGCCCGCUCGGGUCCUCCUCCUCCCCCGGGGGCGGGGGUUCCUACUUCGCCGUCUCCUCUUCGUCGGCCGCCGACUGCGCCGAGAUCCUCGGCCGGAGCUCAUCAUCCCACGGAAUUUCGCUCUACCACGGCUGGAGCUUCGAUUCCGAGGUCGCUAUAACCCCCAAGAUCUGUAUCACGGGAAGCACAUCUGCUGGUCUACACCAGAUUCUUCCAUGGUUGUAUUAUCACAAGGUCAUUGGUGUUUCACAUUUUAUUCUCUUUGUUGAAGGAGUGGCCGCAAAACCAGCUGUUACUUCUGUUCUUGAAUCUAUUCGGGGUGUAAAAGUUAUUUACAGAACUAAGGAACUGAAAGAGAAACAGGACAGAAGCCGCAUUUGGAAUGAAACUUGGCUGGCAGGUUUCUUUUACAAGCCGUGCAAUUACGAACUAUUCGUUAAGCAAUCACUAAACAUGGAAAUGGCUAUUGUUAUGGCAAGGGAUGCUGGAAUGGAUUGGAUCAUUCACCUUGAUACUGACGAGUUGAUUCAUCCAGCUGGUGCCCGGGAGUACUCUCUGAGGCGAUUGCUUUUAGAUGUUCCUGACAAUGUUGACAUGGUUAUUUUCCCCAAUUAUGAGAGCAGCAUUGAACAGGAUGACAUCAAGGAUCCGUUUACUGAGGUUUCAAUGUUUAAGAAAAAUUAUGAUCAUCUCCCAAAGGAUACAUACUUUGGCCUGUACAAAGAAGCAGCCCGUGGUAAUCCAAAUUACUUCCUCACUUAUGGUAAUGGAAAAUCAGCUGCAAGGGUUCAGGAGCAUUUGCGUCCGAAUGGUGCUCAUAGAUGGCAUAAUUACAUGAAAACCCCAAACGAAAUCAAAUUAGAGGAGGCCGCGAUUCUGCAUUACACCUACACAAAGUUCUCGGACCUAACUUCGAGGAGGGAUAGGUGUGGCUGCAAGCCAACAAAGGAAGAUGUGAAGAGAUGUUUUAUCUUGGAAUUUGACCGAUUGGCCUUUAUAAUUGCAUCAACAGCGACGGAGGAGGAGAUGAGGAACUGGUUCCGAGAACGUGUUAUGUGGAACGACAAAGACACCAAUUUGAAACUUUUAAGGAAGGGUGUCUUAACUCGUAUAUACGCACCGAUGGCUAUCAUUCGUGGUCUCAAGGAAUCUGGCGUCUUUACAUCUGCAGUAACUUCUGCAAAAGCACAGUCGAAAAUGAAAUCGUCAAAUAUGGGUCUUGAAAACAAGGAGUCUAUCCGACCAAACGUAACAGCUGGUGAAUCCACAUUAGAAGGUAAUAAUGACAAAUUGCAAGCAACUGCAAGAAAGAUCCUAGAAAUGGUUGAAGACCAGGAAGAAGCAAUGCCACCAAUGUCACCCCCCGCUUUUGCCGAGUUGAUGGAAACUGCUUUGUCAUGAAGUUACGUGAAAUUCUGGAGGCGUUUUUUACUUUUGUCGCUCUUAGGGGACAGAGAUUUUAACCAUGCAUGCAGCCUUGAGCGUAUCUCUCUCUUUGUUUGGUUCAGAGUCCAGAUCACCACUAGUCUGCCAGUUUGCUGGUGUGUAUAGAUAACACAGGCUUGUUGGUCGUUGUAUCUUGGAACUCCGUCUCCCGAUGUCUUACUGAUGUAAACUCGCAUUUAUCAAAAUAAGAAAAGAAAGAUGCAAAUACUCCA